CCGGCAGCGCGCAUGUGUGUAAUGUUGUUUCGAUGGUUUCACAUCCCAUACCAUUUCCAUGAACAGGCCAUUAUGACCGUGUGACAAGCAAUGAUAUUCGCACGUUUUGUAAGGUCGAAACUAGUACAAUCCACUCUUCGAUUUAGGAUCACAAUGUCGUCCGCUGUCAUCGCAGCGGAGAAACUAGCUUACGUUAAUUAUGAGUCCGAAAGCACCAGGCUACGUUUGUCGUUUAAGUAUGCUUCAGAGGACCUCGCAGAACGACAGUAUACAUUAAACCGUAAAUCCGCAGAGGAGCUUCGUGUGGUACUCAGUAGGAUAGCGCUCAACAUUGCCAACGCUGAAGAAGGAAAAAAGAAACGGAAAAAGAAGAAAGAUGCUUGCUGUCCCGAAGAUACUUCGCAAACUGACUUGCGACCCGAGUUGUCAGUUUCUUUGGAACACAAUGGCUUACCUGUGUCCGGAGAUGUGGCGAACAGCGAUGCCUGGAAGGAUGGUUCCGUACUGCAGAUUGGUGAGCAACGGUACGUGAUUGCGGUAAAUGCACCCACUGUACGGAGUGUUCGUCUGCCUAAGUACUUCAUGGUAGGCUUUCCAGCGUAUGCGCGCAUUGAACUGGAGAAUUGCAGCCUGUGUGACUGGAAGCUCAGCUGGUAUAUGAGCGUCACGAAAGGGCAAAAGCUACCAAGCCAUGAAGUGCGCAAAGUGAACAACGUGCUGUUCGUGAAAACACAUCAUAGUGGUCCAUUCCUAACACCAGGUGCUUCGGACAUUGGACGCCAUGUGCUUCUGACACUGACACCUUGUGCAGGGCAGGGCAUGCCAGUUGAAGUUAUUUCAUCCUCUGUUGUUGAGGCUGGCCCUGGUAUAUGUCCGUUCGAAGCGAGGCAGUCUUUUACACCUUUCUUCACUGCACCUGGAAGGUUCCGAUGUAUUUCUUACAACCUCCUUGCUGAUGUCUAUGCUGACACGAAGUUCACAAGAUCUCACCUAUUUCCAUAUUGCCCAUCUUAUGCCCUCGACUUAAGUUACAGGAAGCAAUUGCUUUUAAAAGAACUAUUGGGCUACAAGGGCGACCUGAUGUGCCUGCAAGAAGUUGAUCGCAGAGUUUUUCAAGAAGACCUAGAGCCUAUACUUGGAGAUCAUGGCUUUAGCGGCUGCUACACGGAAAAAUGUAGCCCGAUGGCUGAAGGCGUGGCUUGUUUCUUCAGAUUAUCCAAAUUCAGGGCACUUCAUGAGCAUAGUAUUGUAUUGGCAACAGAAAUGACGCAAGAACCAGCGCUGUCGGACAUUUUGGCAAGCAUCAACAAAAAUGAGCACCUCAGGGAUCGAAUUUUGAAUCUUCCAACAGCACUCCAGUUUUUGCUUUGCAUGCAGAUUUUACUCUUGGAGCCUCUAGAAUUGCCCGGAAGACUGCUUUUGGUGGCGAACACGCACCUUUACUACCAUCCAGAUUCUGACCACAUCAGACUGCUCCAGGCUUACUGCUGUGUACGGCUAGUUGAGUGGAUGCAAGGGGAAUAUACAGAAAAGUAUGGUGUUGUGCCUGCUGUCAUCUUUGCUGGCGACUUCAACAGUUGUCCUGCAUUUGGAGUGUACCAGCUUAUGACCUGUGGAUAUGUGUCACAGGACAGCAGAGACUGGUGUAGCAAUGUUGAAGAAGCUGUGGUGGGCUUGGAGGCAAGGCAGAAGAUUCCCUUGGCAAGUGCAUGCGGCAUCCCUUUGUACACCAACUACACCAGGGGCUUCCAGGGCUGCCUGGACUACAUCUUCUAUGACUACAUGCAGCUAGCUCGGGAGCAUGUAGUACCUAUGCCAACUCAUCAGCAGGUCACCGAACAGGAGGCACUGCCCAGUGCACACUUUCCAUCUGACCAUGUGGCACAGGUUGCCACACUCAGAUGGCUUUGAACCUGGGUGCAAGAAUUCAAGAACUGGCAGCAAUCUUCCAAGCACAAGUUAAUUACAAAAGCUGAUACUUGCCGGUUGUGUGUUAAGGUCAUGGGGUCCUGGACUAUGGCUUCUGCACAGCCAAAGUUGUGGCGGACAUGGUGUACAAAAUUCCAAUCAGCCAUAAAAAUUUGGGUUUCAAAUUAAGUCAGAUUCAUGCUUCCGAAAGAGACACUGAAGGCAAACAUUA